AAUAACAACAACAACAACAACAACAUCUUUUAAUAAAGAAACAUUAGUUGAAAAUAUUAAUAAUAAAGAAGAGUGUAAAAUAUCAGAUACAUUUGGAAAAGCUAAGGGCAAGUGCAGUGCUGCCGAAAUGGCUGAGAAAGGAUCUACUCUGUUGCAAUACGUUGCAGCUGCUGCAGCGAAUUUAAGCAUAAUGGCGACAGGUGCGAUGAUGGGUUGGACCAGUCCAAUAUUACCACAACUCAAGAAAGGAGAAAAUACACCAUUGGAUCGUCCAAUUACAGAGAACGAGUCAUCCUGGAUAGGAUCGUUGGUAGCAGUUGGUGCUGCUGUUGGAAGUUUCUUAGCUGGAUAUGCUGCAGAAAGAUUUGGCCGAAAGUACAGUUUAUUAUUUUGUAUUGUACCUUUCACCAUUGGUUGGGUACUGAUAGCUACAGCAAAUGCUGUUGUACAAUUGUACAUAGCUCGAUUUAUAUUUGGUAUUGCCUUGUCCUUCGCAUUCACAGUUGUACCUAUGUACGUGGGAGAGAUCGCUGAGACGUCAAUUAGAGGAGCAUUGGGAUCUUUUCUACAAUUGUUCAUCACAUUUGGAUUGUUUUACUCUUACGUAAUUGGUCCAUUCGUAUCUUACAUGGUAUUCUGGAUCCUUUGUGCCAGUUUACCAGUAGUCUUUUUCAUUGUCUUCAUGUUGAUGCCAGAAUCACCCUAUUAUUUGAUAUCCAAAGGUAAAAGGGAAGAAGCUGUUGCUGCAUUAGUCAAAUUACGUAGCUCGAGUGAAUCAGCUGUACAAAGUGUAGCAAACGACUUGCAGGAUUCCUACGAAGAAUCGAUACAAAAGCAGACAAAAUUUUCCGAUCUUUUUACCGUAAAAGCAAAUUUCAAAGCGCUUAUAUUCACCGUACUAUUGGCAUCCUUUCAACAAUUGACCGGCAUUAACGUUGUCCUAUUUUACAUGGGUGACAUAUUUGAAGCUGCUAAGAGUUCAUUGGAUCCAAAUAUUGCUACGAUUAUUGUCGGUGCUGUACAAAUUGCUGCAUCUUUUGUCACACCGUUUGUCGUUGACAAACUAGGAAGGAAAUUACUUCUCAUCACUUCUGGUAUCGGUGAAAUUGUUACUUUGGGUGCCUUAGGUCUUUACUUUUAUCUACAAAAAUACGAAGAUCCAGAAGUAGUCGAUUCAAUUUCAAUGUUACCCGUUAUAUCAUUGGUAAUAUUUAUCUCAACAUAUUGCAUCGGUUGGGGACCAUUACCGUGGGCAGUUAUGGGUGAAAUGUUUGCACCUGACGUUAAAUCCAAAGCUUCCGGUAUAACCGUAUCGAGUUGUUGGUUAUUGGCAUUUUUCAUAACGAAAUUUGCCAGUGACAUUACUGGAGAAUUUGGACAUCACACAACCUAUUGGAUGUUUGCCGUAUUUUGUUUGUUAAGUGUAUUAUUCACCAUAUUCCUAUUACCUGAAACCAAAGGUAAAUCAUUGAAGGAAAUUCAAGACGAAUUGAGCGGUAUCAAACCUAUAAUACCUGAAUUCACCAAUUACGAAUUGCCGGUUAAACAAUGAUAUCAUCAAUCAGGGUAGGAGAUGGUUCGUCUUAAGGACGUACAUUAUCCUUGGAAAAACUUUUACGGGUCUAUUUAAAACACGCACAAAAUGAAAAUGAAGAAAUACAAUAUAUUAGUUAGGGGGAUUCGUUUUUUUUUUUUUUAGGAUUUUCAUUCGGUCCAACUUCUCGACCCUGGCCACGAAUUGAAAUUCGAUUGAACAAUGUGCUUAUUGUUUAAUCGCAAAAGUGGUGUUUUUUUUGUUUUUUUUUUUUUUAUAUCGGAUAACAAAAAGAAAAAAAUGGCGAACCACGAAUGGGUCACAAAUUAAGAAAUUCCAUUGGACAAUUUGUUGAUUAUCAAAUUGGUUAAAGUGGUGUUGUUGUUUUUUUUUUUUUUUUAUAUUUGGACAAGAAAACUGGAAUAAUGGUGAAUCCACAACUAAUGGAGUAAACAAAAAUGUGAUUUAUUUCUUUCGUUUUAUUUUUAUCAGUAUUGGACGGUGGGAUGGAAAGGGGAGGGAAGGGCUGGCUGGGCUGGGUUGGGGUCGGGUAAAGGUCGAGAAAUCGUUGGAAAGUUUGACGCAACGAUCCAAUCGUUUUUCUCAGACGUUUAAAUACGUCGUACAACGUGUCGAGGUCACAACUUGUUUCGAUCAUUCCCAAAAGGGAAAAUAAUGCACACGUUUAUCUUCAAGAUCAUCAUUUUUAUUAUAUAUAUAUAUGUAUACUAAAAGUUUGGCGUUCCGUGC